AUGUUCGAGUUCGUCCAUCGUUCCAGACCGUUCAAGGACAGGCCUGCGCACGGCCAAGGGUCCCUGGUUCUGAGCGAUGAGCCCCUGAUGCCCAGUUGUCCACCGGCGAAGCGGGAUAUGACAUCCGGUCAAAACGAGGGGACGGCCUCGCCCUCAGCGCCCCUACUUCUCUCGCCCGUAGUCUCUCAUCCGUGGGCAUUGGACAUGCCAGAACGACCGGGCACAAGUUCUGGUCCUGGUCCCAACGGGUCGUCAUCAUCAUCAGCAGCAGCAGCAGCAGCAGCAGCCGCCGACACGAACAGCUUCGAAAAACGACGGUCCAAGGACGACUUAUACAUUCAUACGCGGGCUGCGACACGGGAGUUCAAGUCAUAUCAUAUUCCUAUACGAGGCAAACUGCCAUCACCUCGGGACAGCGCCUGGGACGGCUCACCUACGUGGCAAUCGAUCUCUGUCAGGACGGGGACGCCCGAGUCUCUGCAUACUCGGAACGAAAUUAUUACCAUCGGCAUGGCAUUAGGCAGCCCUACACAUCCGCCGCCGGGUGCUUAUAACAACUGGCAACUUCCGUCCAUGGGGAUGACAGCAACGCCGGUACCUCUGGAAUCUGUCCCGGAACCGAUAGCACCUGUAUCGCAAAGACAAAAGUCCACCAGAUGGAAACUUUUUGGGAGGUCCAAAAGCAGGAGUCAGAAGCCUGCCCCGAGGGCUGCUCCGGCGCCGGUGCCGGCUGGCUUGGACAGAAGCGUGCCAGGUCGCAGGCAGCCAAAACAUAAACCCUUAAUAGUCCGCUCUCAAACCGAACCUUUUCCAUAUGCCCUUGAGGAAUUUGAUCAACCCCACGAGACACCAAGUAGGGAACCAUCAAAACACGCAUUGCGCGUAAACGGAGAAACGGGACAACGAGCCUCACAAGGCAUUACUUCUGAUACAACGGGGAGUCGGAGUCCCUUGUUGGAUGUUGAGAUACCGAAUAUCACCAUGGAGCGCUAUAGCGUCAUGUUUGGCAACCUGCUACAGACCCAAUCGUCCUCUUCGGCUCUCCUCACUCGGCGUCAGGCCACAGUGGAAAAGCUGAGGUCUACGACCAACAGCCAGGUGGCCUUGCGGGACGAAGAUGUGAAGGAGGAUGAAGGUCAACGGCCGCCAACAACAGCAACCUCCCACGCGCCACCUUUUACAUUAUUCCCACCACCGCCGCCUUCUGGCACAUCAACGUCACCCGCAUCUCCGCCUCAUACUCUGCCGACAGGGCUUCCAGCACACCCCAGACAGACCGUAAUGUACGCUAAGAAGCCGACAGUAGUGACAACAGCACAAGCAGUAGCAUCACCAGCAGCGGCAGCCAACGGAAGGCUCGAACCUGGUUCCAGUCCCCUGCCACGCGAGAGGUCAGAGUCGGCCACAGGAGACCAUGUUCGUCAAGAGCCCGGCCAAAUUGCACCACAAGACUCUCCAGAACAGCGAACCAAACAGGCAAGAAUGACGGCGCAGUUGGCUACCAAAGAAACCAGCUCCACAGCCCGCAACAAGGAACGCCUGAGGCUCGUGGUUCGGGAACCGGCCUGGAAAGUAGCCACCACGCUGGAUGCCACGACUUCUCCUCGAGGCCGGUCAGUUUCGUCGCCCGCCCGCACGGUCCCCGAACACGCCAAGAAAUCCUCGCAGGAGCGCUUCGGCGACGAGAUGGCCCUGAACGCCGCCGUGGAAAUCUCCAUUGCUCGUCAGAUCAGCAUUUCACAACAGCAGCGCCACAUGCUCCGGAAGGGUCUCGCAAGCAGGCCGAGAAAACAGGCCAACGAACCCAGCGGCAUGAACGGUCUACCGGAAAGGCUUGGGGACAGACUCGGGCCGGGGACGCCUACGGUGAAGAAGACCAAGGCCCCGGUUUUGACCAACCUGGCCGAGAACGGGAGGCUGGCGGCUACCAAGAUGGCCAUGCCGACCGUCGUCACGCCUCCGGAGCCCCAGAUUGGGUCGCCCCUGGCAGAGCAUCGGAAGAGCGAAUGGAUAGUCGUGGAAAACGGCCUCACGUAA